GUCAGGGCGUUCUCCCCUGCUCCUCACGAACGACGCCGAUGCUCAACAACCUGCGCGACCUCCGGGGUUGUUGCGGUCCUCCUCGCUUCCUUCCCCUGGGAUUUAUCUACUGUCCGCAGCUCCUCCUCCUUCUCGUUUCGAUUCACCAGAGCCAAGACCAAACGCCAUCGCCUGAACGGAAGAGAGAGCCAAGAGCAGGGAGCGUCCGCCAACGCCGUUUCUGUCCACGCCUGAGGCUCGAGGGUCCGCGACGAGUUUGGGAGCUUCUCUGCGUUGCUUGGAAGGUGCUUGUGGCCAGGGGUGGAAGAAUCGACCACUGGGGCAGCCGGAAUUUCUCACCUAACAUCGGGCUCCUCCGCGCUCGGCGGGCAGAGUGCAGCGUCGCGCUAAUCACGUUUCCUUUCAACUUCUCCAAAGUAACCCAGCUUCGUCAUCAUGGCAACAGUAUGUUCAGCUUCGGUAGCAGGAGCACCUUCAUCAGUAGCUUUCUCUGUCACAACUAGACCUGACUGUCUCAUAACUUCGGAAAUUGGAGCUGUCUUGGUGGCCUCGGUUUCCUCUCCUUCACGAGUCACCCUUGCAGUCGAGCGCACUCUGGCCAUCUGAUGGAUUUUUUGCGGUUUUUACAAAGUUGAUGAUACUUUUUGCAGUUUUGAUGAAGCUCACUCUUUUGAUGAAGUUAACUCUAAAUGAUGAAGUGUUCGCUUGACAGCGCAGUGAAAAAGCUUCGGCUGUGGUUAAAUUUUUUAACAGCACAACGGUGCAAUGGCAAUGAAUGUUGUGAUA